AUGGAGGACAAUAAGACUUUAACGGAAGAAAACCAAAAAUUAAAUGAAGAAAAGCAUCCAAAAAAGAAAAAUAAAAAUAAGAAAAAGCGCAAUAGCGGCGAUGGAGAUCAUGGUAGCACAGCAGUAUCAGAAGUUGCUGCUAACUCGGUCGAUGGUCAUCAAAAUAUUCCGCUAAUAGAUUUAAAAAUAGCAAUGGAAGUUUUAAAUCUCCAGCAAAAACCAGCUAAAACAACUGAAGAAGCUUUACAUAAAUCUUACAAAUUUUGGUCUACUCAACCUGUACCGAAAAUGGAUGAAAAGAUUGUUUCAAAUGAGCCUAUUGAACCUCCUAAAGCACCUGAAGAAAUACGUUCUGAACCUUAUACUUUACCAGAUGGUUUCCAGUGGGACACAUUAAAUCUCAAUGAACCAUUAGUUUUGAAAGAACUUUAUACAUUACUGAAUGAAAAUUAUGUUGAAGACGAUGAUUGCAUGUUUCGCUUUGAUUAUCAAACGGACUUUCUGAAAUGGGCUCUACAACCUCCUGGUUGGAGAAUGGAUUGGCACUGUGGAGUUCGUGUUAUAAAAUCAGGCAGGUUAGUUGGAUUUAUAUCUGCCGUUCCUGCGCAGUUAAGAAUCUAUGAACGUGUGCAAACUGUUGUAGAAAUAAAUUUUUUGUGUGUGCAUAAGAAACUUCGUGCCAAGAGAGUUGCUCCUGUAUUAAUUAGGGAAAUUACACGAAGAGUUAAUUUAACAGGAAUAUUUCAAGGAGUUUAUACUGCAGGGAUAGUUUUGCCUAAACCUAUUGCCACAUGUCGAUACUGGCAUAGGUCCCUGAACCCGAAGAAACUGAUCGACAUUAAAUUUAGCCACUUAUCAAGAAACAUGACUAUGCAAAGAACACUCAAGUUAUUUAAGCUACCAGAUUUACCAAAAACUAUUGGAUUCCGCAAGUUGGAGCUCCAAGAUUGUGAUAAAGCUUUAAAGUUACUGAAUGAUUAUUUGAAGAAAUUUGAUUUAGCUCCAAUAUUUUCAGAAGAAGACUUUAAGCAUUGGUUUGUGCCACAAAACGGUAUUAUUGACAGUUUUGUUGUUGAAGCUUCGGAUGGUACAAUAACUGACUUUGUAAGUUAUUAUACACUUCCGUCCACCGUAGUGUACCACCCUGUGCACAAAACUUUAAAAGCUGCGUAUUCAUUUUAUAAUGUGUCUACAAAAACUCCCUGGACGGAUUUGAUGCUAGAUGCAUUGAUAACUGCAAAGAAUUCUGGGUUUGACGUUUUUAAUGCAUUAGACCUAAUGGAUAAUAAAGAAUUUUUAGAACCUCUUAAAUUUGGAAUAGGUGAUGGAAACUUGCAGUACUAUCUGUACAACUGGAGAUGUCCAAGUAUAACUCCAAAUAAAAUUGGCUUAGUGCUUCAGUAA